AUGCCAUCCACCUGCCGCACCUGCGUCAGACGCAAGGUAAAAUGCGACAGGCUGACGCCGCGUUGCUCCAGCUGCCGCAGGGGCAACCACGAGUGCUCAUACCAAGCGCCGUUCCCUCAGACGCGGAAGCGCAAAGCGAGCGAGGACCUCGCAGACAGAGUGGCGCGAUAUGAGCGGAUUCUGCGGCAGCACGGUUUGCUGGACGCUGACGCGCAGACGAGGGUGAGUGGCAUCGCGCCAGACCCGAUUUCGUUUCACUAUAACGAGCCCGCAGCCUCGACGACUGGUAGGGUGCUUGGCGCAAAGGGCACGUCGAGAUAUGUCAGCGGGCAUCCGUGGACCAAUUUCGGCGAAGAGGAGGUGCGACGCGUCUUCGAAGAGGAAGAGCAGGAGCAGCGGGAGAUGACCAUUACAUCCGAGCGCUUGGUGUCUGAUCCGUUGACCGAUGCGCUCGUGGGCUCUCGGCGGUCGCUUCUGCAGUACCACCCGACUCACACAGAGGCCCUGCUGCUGUGGCACAUGCAUGUCGAAAGCGUCGAACCGUUCUGCAAGAUCCUCCACAUCCCCUCCACCUCUGCGAUGAUCGAAAGGGUUUCGCAUGAUCCCGAGCUAGCAUCAGAUGCAGAUGAAUGCCUUGUGUUCGCUAUCUAUCAGUUCGCAGUCUACGCGAUGACAGACGAGGACUGUGAACAAAAGCUGGGCCAGCCACGCAGUGCCUUAAGCCGACGAUAUCAUUCCGCCGCGCAACAAGCGCUGGUCAAUGUCGCAUUCCUUAAAACGAGUGACACCCAGGUCCUACAGGCUUUGGUCCUAUUUCUCCUCUCCAGUCGCCAAUAUUACGACUCGCAGACGUACUGGAUCCUGACGGGUGUCGCCGUCCGGAUCGGACAGCGGAUCGGUCUCCACCAGGACGGAGAGAAGCUGGGGAUGUGCCCGUUCGAUGUUCAGAUGCGACGACGGCUGUUCUACCAACUCAUACCCCUCGACGGCAGAGCGAGUCAAAUGGCGGGCACCGUUGUGUCCAUCCCACCGGACUCGUGGGACACCCAGCUCCCGCUCAACAUCAACGACGAGCAGAUCUGGCCCGCCAUGACGGAGGCCCCGCGGGAGCAGCAAGGCGCGACGCAGAUGAUGUUCUGCCUGUCGCGCGCCUGCAUCGGGCGAUUCUUCGCGAGCAUGAGUCCGCACCUCAGCAGCAAUGGGCCGUGGAAGUUCGACAGCCUGCCCGAGGCCGAGUCGGUCAUCGGUGCCGCUGAACGCGAGGUUGAGGAUAAGUAUAUCCGCUACUGCGAUGUCGUGGACCCGCUGCAUUUCCUGACGGUCGGGUUGGCGCGCGCGGGCAUCACCGCCAUGCGGCUGCGCGUCAGGCUCACGAGGGUCCGGAAUCAGACUGCCACGGAGGCGGAGAUGCGGGAGGUCUUUCAUCUCGCCCAGAAGAUCUUGGAUACGGAAGCGGCGGUGUCGGCUCACUCGGGCUUGGAGCGAUACCGGUGGCAUGUCCGGCCGUUCUUUCUUUGGGGCACCUUCGAUUCGUUCAUCCUUGUCUUGACGACCCUGUGGACGCGGGCCAGCGUUCUCUCUCCGGUGGAGGUUGACGGGGCGUGGAUGAAGGUUGAGCAGAUUUACUGUAAUCAUGAUGAGCUUCUGCAGACGAAACCGUUGUAUGUGGCACUGCGGAGACUCACGCUCAAAGCUUGGGAUGCCCAUGCGCGAAGUGACAAGGCAGCAGAGCCGGGUUUCAUUACGUCUGCGCAGCGAUGCAAUGUUUUCAAGGGCGUCGUCUGCGACUGA